AUGUGGUCAAGCGUGUUGGCUAGAAGUGGAAGAUUUCGGCUGGGUUUUGGAGGCUGGGAUCGUGGAAGAUCUCGACCAGGUUUUAGAGCUGGAAACUUAGAAGAGCCCGGUUUUGUUGAAGCUUGGAGCCCGGUUAAAUGCAGCCGAGCUGCAUCGGGGGGAGCUGGGCUUUGCAAAUGCAGCCUGACAGCUUGA